AUGGAAGCUUCAGGUGCAGACAAGGGCUUCUUUCAGAAACCGCCCGUUCUGAAUAAUCAGUUCUACGAUGAUGUGGCGUUCCAAAGAUGUUUCAAGCUAUUCCUUCCGGAACACAUCAUCCGCCAAGUUGAAGCUGAAGUGGCUGCUCUUGGAGACGAUGUCCUCUCCGACGCCGUCUUUGCUUGGAUAACAGAUGCAGAGCGAAACAAACCGUAUCUAAAAGGUUCAGGUCGUGAUGUAUUCGGCCAGUGGAAGGGCGAUCUAGUUACUGGUGAAGGAUGGCGUGGUCUUCAAAACUUUGGUCUGUCUCGAGGCUUCGUCGCAGCCGGAUAUGAUACCGAAUACGGUCCAUUCGCACGAGCGUACCAGUUCUUGCGUAUACAGCUUUGGACACCGUCAUGCGCCAAUGUCGGCUGUCCUUCUGCUAUGCAGGACGGCGCUGCUCGACUACUGCAGACACACCUUAAGAGCCCAGAGCUAUCGAAACACUUGACAGAUACACAGAGAAGAGUGUUUGAAAAUGCAUUCCAACAUUUGAUUUCGAGAGACUCUUCAUAUGCCUGGACUAGUGGGCAGUGGAUGACAGAAAGAACAGGAGGUAGUGAUGUUUCACUGACCGAAACUACAGCAGUGCAGUACCCUAUAUCCCAGAUUGAACUGGCUUCUAAGGUCGAAAAUAUACCUCUAGGACCCUGGAGUAUCAGUGGUUUUAAGUGGUUCUCUUCAGCAACCGACUCGAGAAUGACUGUCCUUCUCGCCCGCACAUCUAAAGGUGGACUCUCAACUUUCAUCGCGCCAAUGUACAAACACGAUCCCCAUGCCACUACAACUACCGGACUAUGGAAAGGAAACGGAGAGAAACUAAAUGGCGUACGCAUCCAACGACUAAAGAACAAGUCAGGCACGCAGUCCCUUCCUACCGCUGAACUCGUUCUUGAGGACAUGCGGGGCUGGCUUGUAGGCCAGGAAGGUCGCGGCAUUCAAGAGAUUGCCAACGUCUUGACACUAACUCGAGUUCAUUCUUCAAUUGCCGCCGUUGGUUAUCUAGGAAGAGGACUGGCCAUCGCAAGGGCUUAUGCUCAGGUGCGAGAAGUGGGUGCAGGAAGGGGUGCUCGGAUGAAGCUUACAGAAAGCUCGUUGCAUAUGAGAACUCUGGCCAAGAUAUCGUGCGAGUACAGAGGACUCAUGCUUCUUUCCAUUUUCACAUCCUAUGUUCUUGGUGUCUCUGAACAUGGUGUUUCCUCAACCUCAAGUCUUUCGCCAGCACUUGAGAUGCUUACCCCGUCGAAACAGCAUGCUGCACCCCUAGUACGAGUUCUCACACAGCUCACGAAAGCCUACGCCUGCAAAGCAUCGGUCCAAUUGCUCUUCUCAUGCAUGGAAUCGCUCGGUGGUGUCGGGUACCUCGCCAACGAAGAACAAGAAUAUCUCAACAUCGCUCGCCUGCACCGCGACUGUGCCGUGCUGCCCAUCUGGGAGGGCACGACAGAUGUUCUAAGCACCGAUUUUAUACGUUCAUUAAAGCACACCAAGGGUGGCCAAGAGGCUCUCGAUGCUCUCGAAGAAUUUGUGAAAAGAGGUAUCGUUUUCCAAGGAAAGAUAUCUCAACCUCAAGGCUGGGACCCAUUGGAUGCUUGGAAGACAUUAAGGCAGCAUCUUGAAAGUGAUUCCUUGGCGGAUUUGAUGGGCGACGCCAGAGAAAUUCUCUGGGGUGUUGCAGACAUAUUGGUAUCCAUCCUGCUUUUUGCCGAUGCGGGUAGUGAUGGUGACCAAGUCGCACUGGAUGUAUUUUUACGCUUCCUAGAGGCAAAGAAUGUUAUUAAGAAGGGAGAAAAGGUAUCGGCCAAGGAGCAGCUUAUGAGGGAUAUUGGGGUUGUGUAUGGGAGUGCUGAGAACCCAUGA